AUGUCGACUCAAGGCGGAACUGAGUCUCCUCCCCUCCAGGGCCGCGAGAACGACCCCAUGGGCCAGUCGGCGCCAGGGAAGGAAUCGCAUGCCAUGCCGGACGAGGAGCAGCGCGGUGCUGUGUUUGGCAAAGGCGAGAGCAAGUCGAGCGAGAGUGGCCAGGCGGGCGACGCUCAUCCCGGUGCAGGCAACAUCGAGCAGGCCGUCGAAAACGCCAAGCACGCUGCUACCAACCAGCCGGGCAAGUGA